UUCCUAGAAAUCAAAAUCAGUUAGGCUUCAGCUGCCGGCUGAUAUUCAUUGAAUGUUGGCCCUUCCAGCAGAGCAUUUCACUAGAUUGUAAUUUUGACACACAACAACACACAAACAUUAAAGGUUAUAAAUCUCACUGGAAAAUAAAAGAUUCAUAAUCAUUAAAUGUUGGUUGUUUUUCACAUUGAUCGCGUCUAUCGCGCAAAGUCCUGACAUAGAGAGACAUUAUACGGGAGUGUCGUGAGUGUUUGCCAAACGGAGGUUAUAGCAGGGGAAAAUUAUUUGUGUGAUUGAGAGAAGAGAAGAAAAAAAAGGGAAGAAAGGGAAGAAGAGACAUGCGGCGCAAUGUGAAAAUAGUGCUGCUGUUGUCAUGCGCCUGGAUGUUCGUCUUUGUUUACUACUACCACACGUCUAGAGAUCCCAAGAAUGAAAAUAGAGCAUUAAGAUUAAAGGAACCGGGAUCACUGGUACUUUCGAGUGGAAAUUCCAAUGGUUACAUGGACGCAGAUGGAACGGCCAUCGUCAUGUCCUCUGAACUUUUGCCUGCUCCUAGUCCAGAUCCCCAAGUAACGUGGAAUUAUUUCGACGAGCAGGGGUACGUCUCAAGGGGUGGUUUGAGAGUUGGAGAGGACCCUUAUGCAAGAAAUAAAUUUAAUCAAGAAGCCUCGGAUAGUCUAUCUAGUAAUCGAGGGAUUCCUGACACUCGCAGUCCAAUGUGUCGAAUAAAACAAUGGAAACAGGAUCUUCCGUCCACUUCGGUGAUUAUCACGUUUCACAAUGAGGCUCGUUCGACACUUUUAAGAACUGUUGUCAGCGUUCUAAAUAGAAGUCCUGAGCACCUCAUAAAAGAGAUCAUCUUAGUGGAUGACUUUAGCGAUCACCCUGAAGAUGGAGAGGAAUUGUCAAAGAUACACAAAGUUCGGGUCAUCAGAAAUGAAAAGAGAGAAGGUCUCAUGAGGUCGAGGGUACGAGGUGCAGAUGCAGCGACGGCCAAUGUCCUCACAUUUCUGGAUUCUCAUUGCGAAUGCAAUGCCGAUUGGCUUGAACCUCUAUUGGAAAGAGUUGCCGAAGACCCAACUAGGGUCGUUUGUCCCGUUAUUGACGUUAUCAGCAUGGAUACUUUUCAGUAUAUUGGUGCAUCUGCAGAUCUAAGAGGUGGCUUUGAUUGGAGCCUAGUUUUCAAGUGGGAAUAUUUGAGUCAAGUCGAACGACAAGCGAGGCAAAAGGAUCCCACUCAAGCGAUAAGAACACCCAUGAUAGCUGGGGGACUCUUUGUCAUCAAUAAAUCUUACUUUGAGAAACUCGGAAAAUACGACACUCAAAUGGACGUUUGGGGUGGUGAAAAUCUCGAAAUCUCGUUUCGCGUUUGGCAAUGCGGAGGAAGCUUGGAAAUUAUCCCCUGUUCUCGGGUAGGACACGUGUUCAGAAAACGUCACCCUUAUUCCUUUCCUGGAGGUAGUGGAAAUGUAUUUGCCAGAAAUACGCGAAGAGCCGCUGAAGUUUGGAUGGAUAAUUACAAACAGUUCUACUAUAACGCCGUUCCUUUAGCGCGAAACAUUCCUUAUGGAAAUAUUCAAGAUAGAAUGGAAUUGAAAAGAAAAUUGCAAUGUAAACCAUUUAGAUGGUAUUUGAAAAACGUUUAUCCUGAAUUAGUAAUACCUACAAAUGAGGGAGGGCCUGGAGGAGCUUUGAAGCAGGGAUCAGCUUGUCUAGAUAGUAUGGGACAUCUUCUGGAUGGAAAUGUUGGAUUGUAUCCUUGUCACGACACUGGAGGAAAUCAGGAAUGGUCACUAACAAAAGACGGUCUCAUUAAGCACCACGACUUGUGUUUAACUCUAACCACUUACGCUAAAGGAACAACGCUUCUUAUGCAAAUUUGCGACGGUAGUGAAAACCAAAAAUGGCGCUACCUUGAGGGUGGUCUUAUAAGCCAUUCGAGAAUUCCAGUUUGUAUAGAUACAAAAUAUCACGCGCAACGUGGAAUAACUGCAGAAAAAUGUGAUUCAAAUUUAGAGAGUCAAAGGUGGCAUCUCUAUAAUCACGGCCAUUAAAUUUUUAAUUCAAGUAAGUGUGGACCACAAAAGACUCAAAAAAAAGAAAAAUUUCUUUUGACACGCAAAAAAAAAAAAUUGAGUAGCAUUAUUUCUUUAUAAUAUAAAAGAAAUACGCUGAAUCGAAAUAGAAAACUGUUAUUUUUUCGUGUCACGAUAGAAAUUUAUUAUAUAAAAAGUGAUAAUAAACCGGAAUGUGACUAUAUAUAGGAAUUGUGUCAAUACUGAAUGAAAAAGAGUCUCGAGAGGAAAACUGGUGACAAUUUCUUUCAGAAAAUUUGUUUUUUUUUCUGAAAAGAUAUAAAAAUAAAGUGAUGACGUCCGAUCGUUGAUCUCUGUAUUAUAUUGACUGUAAAGAGAACGAAAGGAGCUUGUGAAAAUUGUAAAAUAUCAGUUCGAAAAUCGAAUUGAAUUCAGUUUUACAAAUAAUUUUUAACAUUUAAUUUAUGGGGAAAAAAGGAAUAAUUUUUAUUUAAUCUUACAACAAAUGUCAAUUUUCUUUUCUCUAAACAAAUCUUAUAAUAUUUUUAAGCAGUCAUUUAUUAAGAUUAAAUAAAAAUUACAAAUUUUCAAAAGAAAUAAGAACUGAAAUUCUAUUAAAUUUAAGUUUAUGAUAAUUUUAAUUUUUCCUUGAUCCCUUUUCGCAGAGUCAACAUAAAAUUUUAGCUCUCGAGUUUAAAAUAUUGAGACUGGAAUUGAAUUACUGACAUAUUGAAUAUUGGAAUUAAUAAUUGACAAUUACGAAUAUCGAUUGUAUAUUAUGCAUAACGCAAUCUAAAAGCCAUUAAAUCUGCUUUUUCUGCUCCUAUUGUAAAUAGUAAUAAUGAAUGUGUUCGCAAACUUGGAACAAAGCGGUUUCACAAAAUAAUACGAAGACUAAAAACGAAAAAAAAAAAUGCGAAUGCCAAAGACAAAGAAGCCCCUCAACUUCAAAAGCAUUUAAAGAAAAAGUACUUCCAUUCGUUGAAGAUUUUAAGCACAAUUUAAUUUUUAAAAACAUUAUGCCAGUACUUAAUAUUUUCAAGUUUUCUACUUAUUUUCCAUAGGUAAUUGAUUUUUAGUUUCUGAUAAAGAAUUCCUUGAUUGAACUUCAACAUGAAGUGAACGUUAAAAUAAGAUUUUGUCUUUAGAGAAAUUAUUCACAAUAAAUAAUUUCAUUAGUAAAGAAAAUAUUGUAUGAAAAAUUUAAUAACGUAUUAAAAAGAGAAGAAAAUAUUAAUUACGAAUUAAUAAUUUUGCUCUCGUGAGAUUGUAAAGCAGAAUUAUGAAGAAAAAUCGAUCGUAAUUUAGUAAAUUAUUUACAAGACUGUACAUCAAAUUUUUAUCAUGUUCUGAAUCGAAAAUCAAAAAUUAAAUAAUUUUUAUUGUUGUACAAUAUAAUUGUCUGAAAAUAAAAAUUCAGUUCAUCAAAUUCAGAUAAAAUUAAAAUUUCCUUUAAUUAACAAUUGGUUAAUAAGUCGAUUAUAUUGUACAAUAUUGAUUAAACAAAUAUCAUUCAAAUUUUUUUUUUUGAAGAAAAACUAUUUUCCAAUUUUUAUUCACCUCAUUUUAAUUUUCAUGAGGUACGUACAUACUUUUAGUCGACCCAAAACUAAUUGUAUCAAAACAGAGAAUUAUUUUUGUAUUUUCUACAAAAUAUAAAUUGUACAUUUACUUGGUUGUGUGAAUGUUGGAAUGAAUAUCGACAGCUUAAAAGGAGAAUAAAUUUCUCGCAUAUUAUAAUAUUUAAACCAUAACAUCAAAUUGUAGUGAACAGAAGGAUUUUUUAAACAAUGAUUUAAAACAUGUAAUCUAUAUUUCAAAAAAAAGAAGUGAUAAAUAUUUGAAAUCACGCUGUGCGUAUUUUAAAAUACAUAUUAGUAAUUUUUACUAAACGCCUGGCUGUGUCCGUUUACACGAUCAUGAAUAAGGCGCUUUAUUUUACUUUUAUUCCAAAAGAAAAAUAGAAUUUUAUUUUAAAAUUUUUAUUGUAAUAAUUU